GUUUUAUCCCAGUAUUCCGACCUUUAGCUGUUAUGCUACGAAAAGGGUAUAAACCGAAUCGAGUGUGUGCUCAGGCAGGGAUAUCAAAUGGAUGGAUUCAGUUGUCUAAGUGGUGCGUGACGGUAAGCCACGGUAGGUUCUGGUUGCUACGGCGUGAAUGGAGAAGAAGGUCCGUAACAUGGAAAAUGGAGACUAGGAGGAACUGGAGCUAGCUAGGGAAGUGGUGCCCGUGGGUGGCUUUGCAUCCAUGUGUGUGUGUGUGUGUCUGUCCGUUGGUUAGUUAGUCUUGUCCACGCAGCCAUGUUAUGUAUGUCGUAUGAGCCUGUCUCUUCUUCCCUUACUAUUUAUAUGACAUAAACAUAUAACCUCCACCUCCUCUCCUCCCCCCUUCCUUCCCUUUUUCCUUUUCUCUUUCUCUUCCUCUCCUCAGAACUUUUUGUUUUGUUUCCAUCUCUUAAGUAAGAUACGCGUACUGAAAACCGACGACACACACACACUCGCUCUCACACUCGCUUGUUGAGAUUUGCUGUUUUGCAUAACACGACGACGAUAUAAGAUAUCGGAAUACCUUCGCUUCAGAUAAUAUCUAAUACGAACCAAUCGAAACAAAACAUACGAAAAAAGCCAAAAGCCAAAAUGCGCUUCACACCUCUCAUCCUCACCGGCCUCUUCGCCCUCACGGCCAGCGCCCAAAACGCCACCACGUCGGCUUCGUACCCUGUCAACUCGGAGCAGGCCGCCAUCACCAAGUGCAUAGAAGCUUGCGACGCCGGCGACGUUUCUUGCACGAGCAAGUGCAUUGCUGUUCCUAACCCUUCUGAUUCUGAUGUCAACGCAACCAACGACUGCGUAACCGCCUGCCCCAAAGGCAGCGGCACCGACGCCGACAACGCCGCCUACCAAUCCUGCGUAGAAGGUUGCAUCAGCCAGCACUACUUCACUGCCACCACUGGCGCCGCGGGCGUUGUCGUCGCCAACCCCACCGGUACCGCCCUUACUGAUUCCGGUACCACGGGCGUCACUCGCACCAACGUCGUGGUGGUCAGCACCAUGGUCAGCGGAUCGUUUACCACGACGAUUACGAGCACUAGCGCGGCUGCUGAGCCUACCGAGACUUCUGGGAGUGAUGAUGACAACAAGGGUGAUACCAGCACGGCGUUGGUGGAGAGCACGAGGAGUGCGGGUGGUGCGGCGGGACGGGCUGCUGGGGCUGUGGGCGGGUUGGGAGGCUUCCUUUGGGCUGUGGCGGCUUUGCUUUAAGGGAUGUGAGAUUAUGAGAACAUGAGUUGGGGUGGGUGGGAUGAUUGAUGGCUUUGGAUGGAAUGUAUGAUUUGAUGUGAUGGUUAUGGCUAUAAGCUGACACGACGGAUGGAAUGAGCGGGUGGAUUUGUUAUGGGUAUGGCUUGAUGGUUAUGUAUGGUUUGGAUGCAUGAUGAUGAUGGCUCGGGAUGGAUGACUGAUGGACUUAAUGGGUUUCUUCUGCUGCUGCAGCUGUGGCGAUUUGGGUCUGUCUGUGUUUAUUAUCACACCUUCCUUGGAACCUUGGGAUAAAAGUCGGAAGGUAGUGAGUGGUGACGAGCGGUAUUGUAGUAUAUAUAGUAAGCACAGCGGUUUGAAUCACUUUGUGGAUACACAUCUGAGCUGAACUUGUGUAUAUGAUUUUGAUGGAAUGUUUCUUUGUUUUUGUGGUAUCAC